CUCACUUCCCAAAACCCCUCUUUCGAAAAAAAAAAUAUUUAAAAAAAUCCCUUUCUCUCUCUUCAAAAAAAAAAUAACUCCGCUUUCUCUCUCUACUGUAACAGCAAGAAAAUGGCGGCGACCACCAGGAGAAGGGCCUGCCCCGGGCCGAGCGGGCCGGUGCUCCGCUCCCUCUCCCCCUCCGGCCGCUUCCACGCGCCGCCGUCCGCUGCCUCCGCCUCCUCCUUCGCCUCCUCCUCCUUCGCCUCCCGCGCCUCCGCCUCCGCCGCCGCCACCUCCUUCUUCCGCCGGUCCGCCUCCCCGACGCGCAUCAACCUCCACUCCCCCGCGCAGCCCUCCCCUUCCAUCCGCUUCGCCCUCGACCGCCCGACCUCCCCCAGCCGGUCCAUCUCCGUCUCGCAGCAGCAGCGCCGCGGCGGCGCCGGCGGCGGCCAGCUCGUCCGGUCUGGCGGCCAGAAUCCGGCGCCGCGGAGGACCUGCAUGUGCUCGCCGACGAAUCAUCCCGGUUCGUUCCGCUGCAGCCUCCACAAGGGCUGCGGGUCCCCGAGCGCGAGUGCGGGGUACGCGCCGAACCGGCUGAACGCGCGAAGGUCCGCGAUGACGAACUCACUGGUGAGGAUCGGGGGCGUCGAGGGCGACCUGGUGAAGAGAGCGCUGGCCGCCCUGAUCCGGCCGUCGUCGCACCAGCAGCGGCGGAGAGCCGCGUUCCAGCCGCGCCAGAGCCGGUUAUCGAUCAUGUCCAAGGCCGCGGAGGAGCACUCCUGAACAGCCCCGCGGCGAGGCCAUUUUUUGAGCCGAUUCGACCCCAUAUCCCGCAACAGCCUCAGUAGAGCUCGUGCCGUCAGCAGCGCCAUCAGAGAGGAAGGAGAUCCCGACGGCGGCCCGCGGUGGCGGCGCCGCCGCAGAUCUGAGAUCCGGCGGCCGGAACCGCCGAAGGAGAUCCGAUCCGAAGCAGGAGAUCUAAAAACCGAAUAUACGAUUGUGUAAAUAACGGAAAAUAUAUCGAUACUUCUCGUCUAAAUUCAAAUCAGAUCUUGGAGACGCCGAUUCUCUGAUUAAAA